AUGGGGUGCGGCAGGUCCAAGCCGGAGGUAGACGCCAGCAACAUGAUCGAGGACCGCCACCGGCUCAGGAAGAAGACAGCAGCCCCCGGCGCCACAGCGGGGUUGGAGGGGAGGUCAUCGCUCGUUGGCGGUGGUGGGGACGGGACGGCGGCUGAGAAACUGGUGUCUCGAGACCCGUCGGACCGGUACUUCUCGUCGAGGAAUGAGGAAGAAUCCGGAGACGACGACAUGAGGAGCGAGUACUACUCCCCUCGCGGCGAGCCAGACUGUAAGAGAUAGCCCCAAGCUGGAUACAACUUGCUUUCCAUCUUCUUCCCUUUCCACAUUCUCCAUAUCCUCCCUAUUUAGUUCCGAAGCAUAUCCAACUCCGGCGAUUGGAUCUUGCAGAGAGGCUGAAUGGCGAUCUCCGUGCAGAGUCUGAAGAGCAGCCUUGUGGGGGAAGAAACAAAAGCAGUGGUGGGGACUCGCAGAAGAGCAAGAAGAUCGGCGGUGGGGAAACCGGAUGUUCACAUCUUCUUUCUUCUGUAGCACAACAUCUUCGUCAUCAUCUUCCCCAACGUAUUUGAAACAUCUCAUCUGCUAA